UCUCGCCUCCCCCCCCAUCUGUCGCCCGCAAAGAAAGCCGCCGCUGCUGUCUCUGUCUGCGCUUGCAUCCGUUCUCUGCGGUCAUCCUCAGCGCAGGUCUUCCUACACCCACUCGCUAUCGGUCUACAUCGUCCCUGCAGCCGACCCCCCAGCGGCCGCUUGCCCCACUAUUUCCUCGCGGUCCUUCCCAAACCCCACUCAGUCGUCUGUCCAUCGCAAGCCUCGCUCUGUCCUGAGCUUCUCUCUGUCGUUAGCCGCUUGUCCAAGCUCGCUGUGUUGUCCACCAUGAGCCAGCAUCUUCAAUCACCGCCAUCGAGCCUCGAGAGCAUCUCCUUCCCGAUAUCCUCAAGCGACGGCACCCCAACCCCCGCAUCGGCCUGCGCGCUGGUAUCGACCGAGGCCGCCCUGCGCUCGCUCAUCAUGGCUGCCAACCUUUCGCAGUACCGAGGCAUCCCGCUCAAGGGCCAGUUCAGCGAGGGCUGGGGCAGGUCGGUGUGUGCGACCCUGGAGCAGUAUCCCAAUCUCGCCCGGCUCGACUUUGAAUGCGUCCAUCACUCGUUCUCCCGAUACAAGUCCAAUCUGCAGGUGCUUGGCCACUACCAGUACAGCAUCCUCGAUCUCCGGACGGCCCUGACGGACCUGUUCUACCGACACCUGGGCCACUGGGGCUCCACUCCGACGGCCGUCAUCAUCUCGCGGCCCCCCGAGACGAUAACGCUGCUGAUCGUGCCCAAGCCCGGGUAUAUGCAGCCCUUCCGGCCCUUCUCCGUCCUCUCCUUCAACAACAGCACCAACACCGAUACCCUGGGCAUCCAGCGCGAGAGUGCCCUCAACGUCUCCAAGGUCCGGCUAUCGGAGAAGCUCCACUCGCUCAAGGUCAAGCACCAGCUCGUCCAGCCGACCCCAAAGAACCGCUUCGGCCAUCAAUUCGCCAUCUUCGAUGCCGCGCCGCGCCUGCCGGCCCAGCCCGCUCCCUAUAUGCUCUUUAUCGACCAGCUUGAAGAAGUCGUCGCCAGCCUGCAGGCCCUGUUUCCGCCCAACGACCCCCUUGCCGAGGAGGGCCUGUCCUUUGACCAGCGGUCUGACAUCGAUCGCUACCAGUUCCUGCUCCUCAACUCGGUCAAGCUGACCUUCCUGGCCCUUUCCGAGAAGGCCAUGGCCGAGCUCAAGAAGGGCGUCCCCAUCGACGCAACCAACCAGCUCUUUGACGACGCCCGGGAGGACAUUGUCUUCCAGGCCGAGCUGAAGGACUUUGCUCAUAUGGUCUCGGAGGAAAAAGUGCGGUUCUCGCCUGUUGCUCCGGCGGGCGAGCCCAUCUUCAGCACAGCGGCGGCUUGAUGGCGGCGCACCCUGCGCGCUAGUGUCGCUGUGCGGCUGAGUGCCCGGAUGCGCCGCUGUUUGCCGACAAGGACUCAGUGGGGUUGCGAAGGA